UUUUUUUGUCAAUUAUUUGUUUUUUAGAAAUUCAACUUGCUUUGCCGGGUUUGAACUUUAUUUUGCGUCUAAUUUGUUUAAUAUGGGUUCUUCUGUUGAUAAAAUUACAAAACAAAUUGUUCAAACCAACAAGCUCAUCAAAAUUUGCAAAAAAAUGCAAUCGGGAGCUACGGGACAACUUUUAAAUGAUUUACUUGUGGAAGCCGACCGUUUGAAUAAUCAAAAAAUUCAAUUAUUUUAUAUACAUCAACGACUUAUUACUAAUAAUGGGAUUAAAAUUAAUCAACUUGAGCAAGAAGUACAGUUAUUCUUUGUUCUCGAAAUAAAAAUAUUUUUAUAAUUUGUAGCAAAAUAUGUAAUGUUUAAACAAGCUGGAACGAACCAUGAUGUUAACUGGAAUGAAUUUAAAUUUUAUAUUAACUUAAGAAUUAAACAAUUUAAUUUUUCAAAGGACAAUUGCUUAACGUUUUAAUUUUUUUAAAUAAAUUUCGAAUUUUCACUUUUUUAUGAUUUUACGUUGCCGUCGACACAAUCUUCGUCGCAUAAUUAGGAAAAAGCUUUAGUCCACUUUUGCUUCUAUUGAAUUUUUUCCUAUACUUGUCAUCUCAUUCAUGGUUAAGGUGUAGUGUUCUUUAGUUAGAAGUUUUCUCUGAUUCGAAAACUCAUCAAGUUCGAUUGGACUCAUAAACUGUAACAGCGCCCUCUUUUCCACGUUCUCUUUCCAUUUUGAUAUACGGUGCUUCGCGUCGAACCGACCGAUUUUAUUUGUUGUUG